AUGCAAGACAUAAUAUCCCACGUCCCUGCGCAUCUAACAAAAGCGCUUUACAUCCCAAAACAUGACGACACAAUCUCCCAUUUCGCGAUAUAUGACAUCUCAAAGGAAUAUUCCGAGAAAGUGGGGGUGCAUCCCAUGGGCUCGGAGAGUUACAAGGUAGAGCUAUGCCUUCUUCGAAAACCUAGCGGAUAUCAUGCCGGCGACAACGCUCGGUUCCUGGUAGACGUUGACGCUAGUGUUUCUAUUCAUGAGAGAGUGAUAGGUCGAGAUCCUUUGGAUGCGGAGGUAUCAUCGCCGAAUGAAGGAGAAAAGGGUAUUACGUUGCAGAUACACACGGGAGAUUCCUCGUUUGAACUCACAGGACGGGAGUGUUACCCUUUGCCUGAGAAGGAAACGAAGAAGAGGGUUAUUCGAUAUCCAUACAUGAGCAUGUCUGGGGACUUUGGAGGUUCAGAAGCUCACAGUUGUGAUUGGCAAGUUCAUCCAGCUGAGAAGGGACCACUGCGCUAUGAGUUGGUGGAUAUGGAACGGCGAGGCGAUGAUGAUGGUUCGAUACUAGCAAUCUAUCAUCAUCAUGGCUUUGAGAGCGAACUGCCUACGUCUUACAGCCACGGAGUUCUCCUUCUACCAGCUACCUCUACGCCAUUGUUUGACAUCACUGUUGUGUCGAGUCUAAUGGCUCUUCUGGCAACGAUUCGCAAGCAGCCGGCAGCGCGGAAGCGAUCACGCCUUAGGUCUUUGAUGGCGUCUUUAUGA